CUCACUACUUCCUCUCUUCUGUUGGAAAAUGUUACAACCAACGAUUUUCCGACGUAGGACGAACCUUGAUCUCCCAGAGGAAAUCGUGUUGGAAAUUCUAACAAGGCUACCAGUGAAAUCACUCCUAAGAUUCAGGUGCGUUUGCAAAUCCUGGUACUCUUACAUCACCAACCCCAAUUUCAUCUCCACCCACCUUAAUAGCUUGUUGUCCCACAAUCAUGGUUAUGUAAUAUACAUGCGCAGGACUUUUCCCAGGUAUUCUUCUUCUUCUUCUCACAGUCAAGUCUGUACGGUCUGUUGCGACCGCACGUUUGAAAGGGUACCCGAGUUUAGAAUUCCUUUCACUUUUCGAUCUGGGCGUCCCAAAUUAGUGGGUUCAUGUAAUGGAAUAUUGUUAUUGUGUCUCACUGAUUUUAUUGUAUCAGAAUUUAAUGCUGUAUACUUGUGGAACCCCAGUAUUAGAAAAUUUAAGAAGUUGCCCGAUACUUGCUUGAGCAGGUUACAUCAUGCUAAACUCGGGUUUGGGUAUGAUUCCCUGAAUAAUGACUACAAGGUUGUCAGGAUUUCACGGUCCCGUGUCAAAGUUAUGCCUCCCCUUGAGGUUGAGGUGUACACAUUAAGUUCGGAUUCAUGGAAAAGAAUUGAACUUGGAAUUCCGUGGAGACCCAAUGUUGUGUUCUGCAAAAUAAAUUGUUCUUUGUCAUCCCCAUUUGUUAGUGGACAUUUGCAUUGGAUGUUUCUAUAUGUAGAAGAUAGAGGUGGACGCAAGAGGCGUUUUACUCGUAUGAUUUUGUCAUUUGAUGUCAAUAGUGAGAAAUUCAAAGAGCUACCACUGCCUGAUGAUGAAGGAAGUUGUAUUACGAUAUAUCUCACAUCAUUCAAGGGGAAACUGGCUUUGAUUAAAUUUAGAUCUGGUGUACAAUCAUGUGACACACUAUGCUCCAUCUGGGUGAUGAGGGAGUAUGGUGUGUUUGAUUCCUGGAAUAAACUCUGUGUUGUACCAGUUGAAGGCACUUAUAAUAUCAUUGGUUUUACCAAGUAUGAUUUACUUCUAAUUCGAAGGAGGCCCCGGCUGGUCUCCACCAACAGUGAAUUAGAGAGGGAAGUUAAGUCUGUUUUAAUUGAUCCUGAAACUCUACAUGAGAAUGAAAUUAGUAUUCCAGUUGAUAACCGUUUAGAUUUAGCUACUCACAUGGAGAGCCUUGCUUUACUUCAUGGAGAAAAUGUGGUAUCUUACUAAAAGGAUGGUGCUAUGUUGUAUAAGAAGUGAUGUCAUUACAGGAGGAUGGAGAAAAGAAAUGGAAGAGGGCUGGGUAGAAGUUUAAUUUAAGAUGCGGGAGAGCUGCAAGAUUCCAAAGAAAGAAUGUUUUCUGGAGAGAGAAGCAGAACUGGAAUGCAACAAAGAGGAAGUGGACUCAAAGAUGGAAGGAGGUGAGAACUUUGAUCAGAUAAAUGGGAUAUCUUCUACAGAAAACAUUGAUGAUGGUGGAAGCCCACCAUCAAAGCAGUAGCAACAUAAGAAGAAGAAGCCUAUGCACUGCUCAGAAAUUUUGGACGCCUACUCAAGAAGAAGGGCACUAGCAGCCAUAGGUAGAGAAAUAGACCAGUUUGGCUUAACUUCUGCCCUACUAGCAGGCAGGUAUAUUUGGUAUUAUUGCACCUAAAUGUUUUUACUUCAUUGUUUAUGUUCCCAGAAAGCAGAUAGGUUAAAGAAAUGAAGAGGCUUGUAUUAUGUUUUUAGUUUUUUCUUCUAUUUCUUUUGCUUUUAAUGUGAUUCCUCACGUGGGACAGUAUCUUGUAUGUGAUUGGAGAUUUUUUUUUACCUUUCAUUUUCAUUGUGUUAAUU